AUGCCUCCAAUUCCUAUUCACACCUCAAGCCCUAUCACGGCAGCAAAGGCGUCAGGAAUCACCCCAAAGACGGCGCACUCAGAUGACCCAGUGGCGCCAGCCGAAGCACCUGCAAGCAAUGAAGUGCCGACGUCCACUUACCCGGCAGCUCAGCCAGGCGCUCGCCCGUCUAUGCCAGCUCCGACUGGGGCACCUCAACCUUCCGCCAACACCCAGCCAACUCCAACACGGGCAGUAGUAGAUUCGAGUCCUCCGGCCCCGCAACCGGGAGCUGUACCGGAGCCGCAAAACAGAGCGUAUUUACCACCACCUCCAAAGGCCGGCGAGACUAUGUGCGAGACACAGACACAGUUUACACCAGCACAGGUGCCCUAUGCGCCUAUAUCCAGUGGGUCUGAGUUCGCCGCUACUCGUUCGGCGACAACUGCAGCUCCUGUUCCUGGCCCGUCCCCGAUGGCUGGCUUGGGCCCAACGGGCGUGUUAGGCGGAGGCUCCGGAAGCGACUUUUCUCAUCCACCUGGUUAUCACCAAAACGUGCACGCGUCCGAGUUCUCCAGUGCCCAGCGUGCGGCUCACGAAGCAUCAGUCGCCCAGGAGCGCAGGCCAUCUCUGAUAGGAGACGACAAUGAGGAGGGAGUCUGGUCGGCCGCCAAGAAGUGGGCUUCGGCUGCAGGCGAGAGUCUUGCUGCAGCCGAGCAUGAAGUGUGGAAGAGGAUCAACAAGGAGUAA